GCUCCGUGAUCAGAUCUUGGAGGCGCUCAAGGGUAUGAAGACCAUGUUCAAGGACCUGACCCUGAAGCAGUCCGAUGCCUUGACCCGCCCAUUGGACAAGCCGUUCUCAGAUUCCAUCCUCCGGAUGUUUGCAGAAACGACGAAGCAAGACUUGAUCAUGAACAACUAUGUGGUGAGAUCCAAGGCGCUGAAAUCCACGGCCGGAUCCGUGAAGCUUCCGAAUCCGAAGAGCAAGUCCAAAAAGGACAAAUCCAAGAAUAAGCCGGCAAAGCCUGCCAAGAAGGGUGGGACAAAGGCUGGCAAGACCAGCCCGAGCAAGCCUGGCAAGGGAAAGGUUGUGCAAGAGCGACAAAAUAUUGGUAUGUUUCCAGCAGAACAACAUUCCGAAGAUGACACAGGCCUCGCGAACGAGGCUGAUGAUGACGACGACCUGGCAGCUGAGCUCUUUGUGGGCUUUCAAACAGGUGCAGACUCUGCAGAACGUGUUGUUCGGAUUGCACAAGUGGCUGCACGUAAGCUGAAGAAACAAGGAGCUGUAGAGCCGGCUUUGAAAGAUUUGGCUGCAUGUGGACCCGGCGGUUCUCGGGUCGGGCACAAUGCUUCGCGAAAUCUGCAUCGACUUAUUUCCAGAACGGGGCGCUAUCUGCCUGUGGCUGCUUAUCCUGUUCUUAAGCCCAGCUCCUGGGUGAGCUACGCGCUGAGCAUCGGGGGCGAGCCUAUCUUGGGGGGUCACUCGCUUCAGUCCGAAGGUGCAUGCAACAUGUUGGCGAAUUUCUGGAAGAAAUAUUCAAUGAUCAAUCCUGAAUGUCCUGUCUUCACGAGACCUGACUACAGCCGGGAGUUUGCCAGCCGAUUGAUCCCGAUGGCUAUCCAUGGGGAUGAAGGACCCGACUAUGUGAACAGCAGUGG